GUAUAAAUUGAACAAGAUAGGGUAGAAGCAUAUAGGCUUUAUUUACAGAAAAUAGUCACGUUUCGGUUAACAGCUAGCAACUAGCAGUUGAGUCGUGUGAUGAAUGCAUUGAGCAGGUCAAGAAGGAAAUUUAUUCGGAAAGUUUCACAAGGAGACGCGGAUAACAAUGAUGAAAGAUUGUCGAUGGCUGCGGAUGUACUUUGGCGGCGUGUUAUGCAAACUAUAUUAUUAUAAUUAAUGUACUCCCUCUUUCGAUAUCAAGAAGGACACGAUUAUCGUCGAGCAACGAUAACACUGUGCAACAUACCGACUGGCGUCGUUGAGCGAAAACAAAAUAUGUCUUCGUACUCGAGCGAGCUGUCACGUUCGCAGGAAUAUCUGAGCUUUCGCAGCUCCAUACCACUCAGGAAAAUCGUCGUCGACGCUGACGGCGCUAAGGGAUGGAAGGUGUAUGAUUCUAAUCCAAAAACUAUCAAGUGCCCACUUAUAUGUCUUCCACCCGUUUGCGGUACCGCUGAUAUUUUUUUUAGGCAAAUAUUAAGUCUGGCUGCCAAAGGUUAUAGAGUUAUCUCAGCUGAGGCACCAGUAUAUUGGAGCAUAAAGGAAUGGUGCGACGGAUUCAGAAAACUGUUAGACUAUCUAGAACUUGACAAAGUCCAUCUUUUUGGUGCUUCCUUAGGUGGUUUUUUGGCACAGAAAUUUACAGAGAUAAAUGCACACUGUCCUAGGGUAGUAUCUCUGGUUUUGUGCAACACCUUUACAGACACAUCUGUAUUUAGUUACAAUGAUUCCGCAGCAGUCUUUUGGAUUUUACCUUCAUUAGUAUUGAAGAAAAUGGUAAUGGGAAAUUUUGCAACAGAGAAAGUCGAUGAAGAGAUUAUAGAGGCGAUUGAUUUUAUGGUGGAACGGCUGGAGAGUUUAACGCAACCCGAAUUAGCAUCUCGUUUAACAAUGAAUUGCAUAAAUUGUUACGUACAACCUCAAAAGAUAUGUCAUUUACCUGUGACAAUAAUAGACGUUUUUGACGAAUAUGCAUUAUCAAAUGCAGUCAGAGAAGAAAUGUAUAAAUGCUAUCCAAAUGCAAAACUAGCACAUUUAAAAAGUGGUGGGAAUUUUCCAUAUCUAAGUCGAUCCGCUGAAGUUAAUUUGCAUUUGCAGAUUCACUUAAGACAAUUUGAAGAUACGGAAUAUACGGCUUUAGAAAAAAUUAAGAUUUAGCGCAACGCAUUUAGGGAAAAUGUAAUAAAAUCCAGAAACUGUAUAUAAAUAUUAAUUAAACAGAAAUCCAUUGCUCAUACGCGGAUAUUAAGAUUGUAGACAACCUCUAUGCCUUUUGUAUAAUUAAGUCAAACAUAUUAUUUGUCAAUGCUCUCAGUGAAGGAAUAUAUUUGUUAUAUAAUGCUUAAGUACUGUAGAAUUAUACCACUACUAGGAAUUACAUGACAUAUAUUGUUACUUAAUUUGUUACCUAAUAUUUUGUUUUUAAAUAUAAAAAGCAUUUAUAUUUUGUAA